UAUCUACUUAAUAAUGUAAUAUUUACAAAAAUUUGAUUUAAAUAUACUUAAAGAGAUCUGAUGACAUGUGCUAAUUAAUAGAGGAAAAAAAAAAAAAAAGAAGCUGAGAGGCGCAGUAGAGAAUGUUGCAGCAGGCCGGAGGAUGUUGCAGCAAGCGGAGGGAUGUUGCAGCAGGCCGGGGGAUGUUGCAGCAGGCCGGAGGAUGUUGCAGCAGGCCGGGGGACUUGCAACAGGCCGGAGGAAUUGCAACAGGCCGGGGGAAUUGCAGCAGGUCGGAGGAGUUGGAGCAGGCCGGAGGAGUUGUAGCAGGUCGGAGGAAUUGCAGCAGGCCAGAGGAAUUGCAGCUUGCAGCAGGCCAAGGGAAUUGCAGAAGGCUACGCGAGGAGAAGGAAGGCAUGUGCACGGGCGGAGAAAUAUUGCAGAAUUUAUUGAGAAGGGGCUGGGUUACUUUCAGCAACAAGAGACAUGUUGCUGAAAAUGGAAUCCUUAUUUGGGGAGGAAAGUGCGGUGGAGGGUUACCGGAAAAUAUCAGCAAUAUAGGCCAGAAAUACUUGCAACAUAAAGUAGCACAAGAGCUGCUACAAGAGAAAAGAGAUUAAGAAAAAUACACAUAUAGCUAGUACACAUUUUACUAUUACCCAGAAAACUAAUUUGUCACAACUGUUUCAAGUCCCCAUUGAAUUACAAUAGCCAUAGGAAGUGAUGAAGAUCUUGGGUGAGCAAACUCCAGCAUUCUAGUUUUAACCUCAAAUUGAAUCUCAUGAAGGAUUGUACUCUCACUUCUGAAGAGCUGCAGAUGAAAUCUUUUGUUUCUUUCCAUUCAAAUGUUGUAGAUUUGUGGCAUUCCAUGAGAGUUUGAUCAGAAUGCUAAGCAAAGAUUUUCUUCUAACCCUUUUCCUCAUCCAAUGUAGUAAGUCUGGCCAAGAGUCCACAAAGGGAAUAUUGAUCAUAGUACUAAUCUGGCUCCACAUUGUGUUAGCAUAACUACACUUAAAGAACAAGUGCUUGUAAGUUUCUGAGCUAUUAUUGCAUAGGAUACAAGUAUGUAAGAUGGUAGAGGUCCAUUGCUUCUAUCUAGCUUUUGUAGUCAAUCUAUUAAGUAUGGCUAGCCAAGCUAUGAAGCUGUGCUUAGGGAUAGUGUGAGGAAACCAAACAAAUUUAUGCCAUACCUUCCUAGGUUGCUUAUUUCUCAACCACUGCCAAGUUUGACUAGUUUUGAAAGAUUCAUAAAGGGAGAUCAACCAAAUAAUUGAAUCAUUUUCAC